AUGUCAACAUUAGAGAACACAACAACAGUUAUAGUCCAUGAAGCCAUAAAUGAAGAAUACGAGUGGGUUCAGUUUAACAAACAACUCCGUCUCAUUCGUUCGGUCAAAGACGAUAUGUACCAAAUGCAAAGUAUUUUGACAGCAUGUUUUGCUCCAGACACUAAACACGCAGACGACUGGUUCAAAAACCAAAGCACACAAGAACUUUUGAGUGAAGCACAGCGAGACCGACUUCCUUCGGGGUCGCCUAAAACUCAUGAAAACAGUGAAAUUUCUCUAGACCGACUUUUAUCGGUCUUGCAUAAAACACAUGAAAAUCGUAAAAAUUUGCCAAUAAAUUUAAGAGGUUGGUAUGUACAUAGACUUCUUGUAAAUGCUGUUGCAAUGUGGGCUUCUCCUCGUUAUGCAUGGCAUGUUUACAGACUUCUUGACGAAAUUCAUAGACAAGAACGUGGAGAGAUGGAAAAGAAACUUCAAGCAAAAGAUGAAGUCAUUGAAUCCAAAGACAAAAGCAUACAGAAAAGAAUACCACGUUCGGUACCAAAAGGAAAGGAAAAGAGUUAUAAGUAUAUGAUAUAUACUGAAGAGUUGGAGAAAGAAGAAGAUAGAGAUAUGGUUAUGUUGCAUUUAGUCAGAAGAAACAACAAAAGCUUUUAUGACCUUGCUAAGAUUUACAAAUCUGACAGAAACUGGUUCUAUCGUGAAAACUUACCGAUUUCAAUGACACCGAAUGAGCAAAUAAAGGAAAUUGUCAAAAAUACUCUUCCUCAAACACACUAUGACAUCAAAGGUUGCACAAUACUUACAUUCAAAGAAGACUUAACAUUACUGAAGGAAAAAAUAACAGAAUAUUUCGAUAACUUCAAAGAGGAAGAAUAA